AUGUGGAUGGCGUCGGCGCUAGUUCUCCUUAUUUUUCUUUCUUUCGGUCUAGAAGGCAUAGCAUCCGAAUGCGCUAAGAAUUGCAUACGUGUAGUCAGAGCAAAGGUUGGUGGCAUGGUCAUUCUUAAUGGAACUGCGGGAAGAGAUUGGAUGCGAGAACGUUUUUUUGGUCUCGAGGAGGGCAUGGGAACACGCUGUGGGAGAAGGGGUGACGAUUGCCUAGAAUUUGAGUUUAUUUUUGUAAAGGACAACACUGUAGCAGUACCACUGGGUGCAUCCCAAAGGGCCUGUCACGAUGGAGGUCUUGUAAUUGGACCGCUUACGGUAUUGGAUUCUGGCUACUACUACCAACCUAACUAUUUUUGGGAUAUUCCUAAGUCCUGGACCAAAGUAGGUCAUUUGUAA